AAGAGCAUGGAGUGCGACAGAACGGCAGUGCGUAGGCUCGGGAAUCAAACGAUGAAGCAAGUAGUCCAAAAAGGCGAGAUGCAUCUGGUAUCCAUCGUUAGGCAUCUUGAUACGUUCAAGCGCAAGAUUCCCUUGGAGCGCAUCUCCUUUGGAUCGGCCCUGCGCUAUCCAUCUACCAGAUCGCAUCUCGAAACUUUGCCACCAUCUGGCAAAUCCGGUUUUGCCGCAGAGAAGAUCCUGCAGAUCGACGUCGAGAACUAGUAUAGGCAAUGCCAAUUAGGUGCGCGCGUCCGCAUUGGCCAGAUUAAUCUACGGCCAUGCGGCCAGGCUCGAUUUUAUACAUGCUAAAUUCUUGUUUGCACCACGACGAGUCUCGAUCCUUUACUUUGCCCACGCGAUCUUGCUUGGGGUUGAGUAGUUGGCCUAGGUCUGGAUACGUCGGGAUCAUCGAAAGACUCAGCCACAACGGAGCGGUCGAUCAGAACAUGUCUGAUGCUUUCCUCUCUGGAAGUGCCCAAACACGUCGCUCGCCCGCAAUUAAACAGGAACGAAAUAAACUGCGAAAACGGCACCCUAGCCCUAUGUACUCGAAAUGGAAUACAUGUCCUCUUUCAGCACUUGAUGCGACGAUCAACUCUAGAACGAGCUCAUGAACUGAGGCCGCUGACAAUUCACAAUUCGUAUUCCGAGAUUCUUUCUCAUGGCCACACAAAAUCCUGAAAGGUGCUCUACGCACACAGUUGGUUUAGUUGGUCCAAGGCGGCUACUCUCUUUGGGAUGAACAAUAGGGCGCACCCGAGACGUGACAUGUCCAACAUCUUCCAACACUCGCUGAUCCGCUGCCCGAGGAUCGCGCAAGACGGUGGAUUCCACCACAUCCUACUGUUCGCCAGGUCUCUCAGGCCCGAGGCAAAAGAAAAGUCGUCCACUGGAAAAAAAAGCCUGAUGUUUGGAACCGCCGAAAUGUGUCUGCCCCAACCUGCCUCUCACUCGUCCGCAGUGGAGACGUCUUGCGAGGAUACCACGCAACCCCCCGUCUACGACAAGUUCGUCCCUGAAGACGCCAUUAGCCGGUCCGCUUACGCCUAUGCGUCCCAGCAUCUUCAUCCUGCGGUGCUGACCCACAGCCUCCGCGUCUAUUGCCUCGCAGCGCAGCUAGCCACCAAACAACCGAGCAAAUACGCCAGCGAGAAGCACCAGCCGCUUCUCUUUACGGCGUGUGUUUUUCACGACGUGGGCACCGCGGCCGCGCACGACGGCUCGCAGCGCUUCGAGGUCGAAGGCGCCGAUGCCGCAAGUGCGUUUCUCAGGUCACAUGGCGUACGGGACGAUGAAGCACACGAUGUUUGGGUCGCCAUCGCUCUGCACACCUCCCCUGGAAUCGCGGAGCGCAUCUCAGACCUCGCUCGCCUGGUGCGCGUAGCCGUCCUGGCGGACUUUAAACGACCAGCUUCACUGGAGGAAUUCAGCGGCGCCUAUGUUCAGGCUAUAGAGCGUUCCUUUCCGAGAUUGAACAUCGAGAAGAUCCUCGGCGAUGUAGUGGUCGAACAAGCCCUGCGCCAGCGUGAGAAAGCACCACCCGCAUCCUGGCCAGGCGUGUUGCUCAGAUCGAAGCUGGAAAAUCCGGAUUGGGACGGUGUGAACAAAGCAUUCUAGACACGAUUCUUGAGUGACGCUAUUCCGUGUACUGAAUACUAUCUGGUGUUUGCUGGAUAUUCAUCGGUAUUACCGACUCAACAUCGGUGCAAAAGUCUAAAAUAUCAGACAAAACUCCAUCAUUCCUCGUUCAUCAAUCAUCAUGCUUAAUAGUGUCACUAUGUUUCAAAAAAAAUAAAAUAAACUAUAUAAACAAUAAAUAGAGAAAGAGAGAUCAUC